AUGUCUCUACAUCAGUGUCGUCGUCGCCGAAUACCCGACGAGGAAUGGGAGAGUCACAAGCUGAGGAUCAAGCGGCUGUUCCUUGAGAAGACGCUUGAAGGUGACGAUGGCCUCAUCUCGACCAUGGAGAAAGAAUGUGGCUUCUCUGCCAGGCAAAUCACUUCUACCUUCUUCCUAGCAAGAAGAGCGCUAAUUCAGUUCACAGUAAGGCGCAGUACGAGACAAGGCUCAAGAGGUGGGGUUUCCGAAAGUACGCUAGCAAAGAACAAUGGAACGCGAUCCAUCACGCUGUGGAUAAUCGCCAUGCGCAAGGCAAAGGAAGUCAAGUAUACCUACACGGAGAGCCACUCAAGAAGGAGAAGAUAG